AUCAAAUGGCGGUUUUUAUUGAAGUAAUUUUCUUCGCCUAACAGUUUAGCCUCCAGAUAACACAGACCUGCUAGAUGGAUUUUGGAGUUUAGAUUUGCUUGACUCUAAUGGUUUGUAACUAUGACAUCUGCAAGUCUUACUCCCAUUACUGCAGAGAGAGCAAUUUCCAUCACAGAUUCAGAGAAUGCCUUAACUGCAGAAGAUGUUGCAAUUAAACCAGAUGAUGGGGCCAAAGAAUUCUGUGUUGGUAAUUAUGAGAAGGGGGAAUUCAGUAGUGAAAGUGCAAUCAAAAUGCCACUGACAAAAGGGUUAACAAGGAUAGAUAUACAGGAAGCAGCCAAUAACAUCAUUGAAACAACUAACAAGAAGCGGAAAAGGGACUCAGACAUGCUAAGAGACUUCAAAAAGACGGCAGAAUAUCAGCUCUGUACGACACUCCUUGAAAUGCAGAACCACAUUCACAAGGUUUAUGAGAGACAGGGCAGAAUAAUGGAGGAAAAGAUGCAGGAAUUAAUGGCUUGUCUGGAGAGAAUAGAAAAGUUAGAACAGGAGCUGGCAGAAUUCAGGAAUGCACUUCAGCUUCUCUAUCAUGACAUUAAUGAUUAAAUUAUUGUUAAAAAAAGGAGUGUUUCUUCAUGUUAUGUUAUUGUAAAUUGAAAAAUUAAAUGGAAAUUAACCAAA